AUUUUAACACGUCACGGCCAAACGGCUCAGCUAAUCCAAACGGCCUCUUACAAUCACGGCCAGAAACCCCCCUAUCGCCCCCUCCGACACAGGAAGCCAUUUUCGUUGGCAAAAGAUGUAAUGCCCAGAUGAUCUUGACUGAUUAUUUUGCAAAGAUUGUCUACAUUCAACAUUUAUCUCAAAACCCAGGCUUCGUGGAAAAAGCCCUAAAACUGAAUUCAACUCCACCUUUUGUGCUCGAAUUUCACUACGAAAGAUAACUGAAAUGCUUAGCAGAAUUUAUAGGCGCAACUUCUGCACUUGUUCUCCUCGGCCAUGGCUCUUUAUUGGGUUAGGCAAUCCUGGGGAAAAAUACAAGGGAACAAGACACAAUGUUGGAUUUGAAAUGCUUGAUGCAUUCGCAGAGUCACAAGGGAUUCAGAUGGAGACAGUACAUUGUAAAGCUAUGUUUGGAAAAGGUUUUAUCAAUGGCGUUCCGGUUCUCCUUGCUAAGCCACUAACUUAUAUGAAUUUGAGCGGUGAAUCUACUGGCCCACUUGCAGCAUAUUACAAGCUUCCUCUUAAUCGUGUGGUUGUGUUUCAUGAUGACAUGGAUUUACCAUGUGGAGUUCUUCGUCUUCACCCCAAGGGAGGUCAUCACAGCCAUAAUGGGUUAAAGAGUGUGAUUUAUCAUUUUCGCGCAAAUCGAGAGUUUCCUCGGUUAAGGAUAGGUAUUGGAAGACCUCCUGGUCAAAUGGAUCCCAAAGCAUUCAUGCUUCAAAAGUUUAACUCAACUGCGAGAGAACGAAUUGAUGCUGCAUUACUUGAAGGAAUACAUGCGUUGAAGCAAGUCUUAUCCAAAGGCUUCUCUGAAAGUUCUAAAUGCUUCAAUACGGAGCAGAAGUACAAGCAUAUAAGGUUGCAGACGUUGCCAACAUGACAUCACGCUUCGAGCUAGGUGUUUAAUAUCCACCCAUGCAUCUCUUUACUUAAGAGUGGCCAGCCUUUCCUCUUUACCACUUCAAACUGGAAAACACGUGUAAUCACACACCAAAAUCCAUGGCAGAUCAUAUCGCCUAAGCAACUUCUGGCGGAUAUUGUAUUGUAAAUAAUACUGUUUUAGGCAACUGUAUUGGGUUUGAAACAGGUGGAAGUUGAUUUUGCUCAAGCUGGAAGUUCAUAGUUAGCCUAGUCCAUAGUCGUUGCUGGAUGCAGGGAUCUCCACUGUUGUCAUUUCACCUUCUUCUCGAAUAUGCUCUGGAUGUUUUCCUUUAUAGAGUGAAUUACAUAUUGCAGGCGUGCUCUUCCUGUACCAAAUACCACACUCCUGCCACCCCAGAAGUAAUUGUAGUGGCUCUUUAUUACAAAGGCUGUCAUUACUACUGAUCUCACUUGCCCACUCAUUUUGAAUACAAACAUUAGCUGCAAUCUUGCAACUAUCGAAAGGACUAUGACCUGAAUGGCAACGUUAAGCUAAAGAUUUGAUUCAGAGAAAGCAUUUGAAAGACCUUAUUUAUAGUGUGUAAAAAAAAUAAUAUAGUUUUCUUUUGCCUGUACUGGAUUAUGUUACAUCGGAGAAUCACGUAUAGCACCAAGUUGAAGUAGGAAGAAUGAUGGUUCGUGACAGGAAGUUCAUCGUUGCUACAUUGAUAUCACCUUUGCAACAUUGCCCCUAAUUUUUAAAGUCGUAUUUUGCAUUGUUUGUGAA